AUGAAGAGAUUCGCGGAAUUAUCGCCAAGUUAUAUAGCCAAGAAGACCAUGGCGUCGACCCGUCUUCUUGGAAGAGCUUGGAAAGAGUCCGUGGAACGAAACGAAAACUUCCCCUCGGAACGUUUCAUAAAUUUGAUUCGCCCAAAUAUUUAUGAAACAUCACUUAUUGGAGAACGAUGA